AUGAAAACAAUUAUCCUCGUCGUACUUCUACUCGGAGCAUGGGCAUAGGAAAAGUCAAACAAAGUUGAAUGCCCUGUCAUUGGUAUUGAUUUGGGAACAACAUAUUCAUGUGUUGGAAUUUACAAAAAUGGAAAUGUCGAAAUCAUUCCAAACGAAUAAGGAAACAGAAUUACACCCUCAGUUGUAGCAUUUACAGAUGAAGAACGUCUCAUCGGAGAAGCUGCCAAAAACUAAGCAGCCAUCAACCCUACCAGAACACUCUACGAUGUCAAGAGAUUGAUUGGAAGAAAAUUCACAGAUUCCACAGUCCAAUAUGAUAAAAAGUUUAUGCCAUAUGAUAUCGUUGAUAAGGACACCAAACCAUACAUUAAAGUCACCAACAUCAAGGGUCAUCAAUCCAAGAUCUUUUCCCCUGAAGAAAUUUCAGCUAUGGUUUUGACCAAAAUGAAGGAAAUCUCAGAAACCUAUUUGGGAAAGAAAGUUAUUAAUGCAGUUGUCACAGUGCCUGCCUAUUUCAAUGAUGCUUAAAGACAAGCUACCAAAGAUGCAGGAACCAUCUCAGGUUUGAAUGUUGUGAGAAUUCUCAAUGAACCAACAGCAGCAGCUAUUGCCUAUGGUCUUGAUAAGAAGGAUGGAGAAAAGAACAUCUUGGUCUUCGAUUUAGGAGGUGGUACUUUUGAUGUUUCCAUCUUAACUAUUGAUAAUGGUGUCUUUGAAGUCGUUGCCACUUCAGGAGAUACUCACUUGGGAGGUGAAGAUUUUGAUCAAAGAAUCAUUGAUCAUUUCAUCAAGGUCAUCAAGAAGAAGCACAAUAAAGAUAUCAGUGCUGACAAGAGAGCCAUCCAAAAAUUAAAGAGAGAAGUCGAAAAAUCAAAGAGAGCUCUCUCAGCAACCCAUGAAACUAAAAUCGAAAUUGAAGAUUUAGUCGAUGGUUUGGACUUCAAUGAAGUACUCACCAGAGCUAAGUUUGAAGAAUUGAACAAUGAUCUCUUCAAGAAGACCACUGGUCCCAUGUAAACUGCUUUGGAAGACUCUAAAUUCAAAAAGACUGAAAUCCACGAAAUCGUUUUGGUUGGAGGAUCAAGCAGAAUUCCAAAGAUUAGAUAAAUUGUUAAGGAUUUCUUCAAUGGAAAGGAAGCCAACACUGGUAUCAAUCCAGAUGAAGCUGUUUGCUAUGGUGCUGCCAUCCAAGGAGGUAUCAUCUGUGGUGAAGAAUCCAAUGAAACUAAAGGUUUGAUCGUUAUCGAUGCUACUCCUUUGAGUUUGGGUAUUGAAACAGUUGGUGGAGUCAUGACUAAAAUCAUUCCAAAGGGAUCUUACAUUCCAACCAAAAAGUCUCAAGUCUUCACUACUUAUCAAGAUCAAUAAUAAACAGUUACCAUCUCAGUUUUUGAAGGAGAAAGACCACUUGUUAAAGACAAUCACAAGUUAGGAACUUUCGAUUUGACAGGUAUCCCACCAGCUCCAAGAGGAACUCCUUAAAUUGAAGUUACUUUCGAAAUUGAUGCUAAUGGUAUCCUCCAAGUUGCUGCCCAAGAUAAGGGAACAGGAGUCAAGAAUCAAAUUGUUAUCACCAACGAUUCAGGAAGAUUAUCAAAGGAAGAAAUCGACAAGAUGUUGAGAGAAGCUGAAGAGUUUGCUGAAUAAGAUAAAACCGCUAAGGAAAGAAUUGACGCCAAGAACUCUUUGGAAAGUUACAUCUACUCAAUGAAGAACCAAAUUGAAGAUCCAGAAAAGUUGGCUAACAAAUUGUCUGAUGAUGAUAAGGAUACUAUUAAGGAUGCAUUGAAGGACAGCUAAGAUUGGUUAGAUAAAAAUCAAAAUGGAGAAAAAGAAGACUAUGAAGAAGAACUUAAAGAAUUAGAAAAAAUCUGCAAUCCAAUCAUUAGUAAAGUUUACUAGUAAUCUGGAAAAUAACAAUAAGCAUCAGAUGACGACUAUGAUUCCGAUUUAUGAUUUAUGUAUAUUUCUGUGUGUUUUGAAUUAAUUAUUCAGUUAAACUAAA